GUGUGUGUGUGUGUGUGUGUGUAAUAAAUAAAAAAAAUUGAGAUGCACCACACAACAGAGCGGUUCCAUUUCCGCUUCACCUGUCUCUUACUCUGACACUAGUUUUUUCAACUGAUAGUGAAUAUAUAGUAGAAUUCUGCAUUCUGUAUCUCUACGAUUACAGGCUCAUGCUCUCCACAACAACAAUGAACAUCUCUAAGGAGGAGAUACAGGGCUUCUAUGGCAGUGACUCCCACCAAGAGAACAUUAUCUUUUCUACAUUUUACAUCCUGAUUUUUAUAAUCGCUGUGCCUGGGAAUGCUUUGGCACUGUGGGCUUUCUUUCACCAAGACAGUACAUCUCCAUCUAAGGUCUUCCUGAGGCACCUAUCUGUAGCAGACCUCUCUUACAUCCUCAUUUUACCCAUGCGUAUUAUUUACCACCUGUCGGCCAGCCACUGGCCUUUUGGAUAUGUAGUCUGUCAACUAGCAGGUUUCCUCUUUUACCUAAACAUGUACAGCAGUCUGUACUUAAUGAGUUUCAUCAGCCUGGACAGAUUUCUGGCUGUGGUUUUACCUAUAAAAUCACAGUCAUUUAGGAAGGCUAUGUACGCCAAGGUAGUUGUUGGCAUACUUUGGGUGACAGUUAUUGUGUCUGUGAGUCCUAUACUUUUCUCUAAAAAGAAUGUGACCAACAACUCAACUGGCAUCUGCAACAAACUGUACUUAGAAUACUUAGAAAAGACAUCGCCCAAGGCUUUGGCUUCCACUAUUUUGGCAUUUGUUAUUCCCCUCACCACCAUAAUGGUUUCCUACAUACUGAUUCUGUUGAAACUAAGGACUGUCAAGCAACAAGUAGAACGACCAGUGAAAGACAAAGCUAUAAAAAUGAUCAUCCUCAUCAUGAUGAACUUCCUGUUUGCAUUUGUGCCCUACCAUGUGAGCAGGGUAAUCUACAUCGAAAGCUACAGUCACGGCCAAAUGACUGCAGCAAGCCAUGAGUCACUGGGAAGAGCCAAUCGGAUCACAUCUGCACUGACCUGUAUUAGUGGUGUGCUGGAUCCUGUGAUGUAUUUCCUCCUGAACCAUGCUUACAGAGACAAAUUGCUUCAGAUGUUCUGUAAAAAGGGAAGAUGAUCAAUAAACAACAAAUAUCAUGUAGACAAUAAAUGUUUUUAAACAAA